GAUCCAUGCUCACAUGUUACUUCCUGUAUGGAGGCAUGGCCAGUUUCCAGCCCCGCGCUCCUCGUUCCUCCCCAGCCUGCGCUGGAGCCACAACUUUCAGGAGCAUGGACUGAAGGCGCCCUCGCCCCAGCGCCCCUCUGAGAUCCUUUGUGUUUUCCUCCGUUUCCUCCGGCCGUUUCUAUUUUGGGGGGCUCUUCGCUCCCCCCGCCUCUCCCCUCCCCUUCCCCGCUCGCAAACAUGCCUCCUUCCUUCCCCGGGCCCUGGAAGGAGCUGCCUGCCUGAAGCCCGGAGACGCCGCGCCGCGCUCAGCCCCGCCGCCGCCCGCCGGCUCUCGGGCUGCGCCGCGCCGCCGACUCAAGUUGGGGAUCUUCGGCUGCUCGCCGCCGCCGCCGCCUGCGGUCCCUGCCUGCCCCGGGCCCCCGGCAUCGCCGCCGCCCGCCGACUACUCACUGGCCCUGCUCGCUCGGCUUGCUCUUUUUUUGAACGGAAAGCAGCCCUUCUCCGCCGAGGAUCGUCCCCAGCGUGGCUCCGCGUUCCCGGUCACUUUUUGAGAUUUUCCGGGGGGCGCUCGGCGGCUUCCCAGAUUCCAGGGGGACUCGGGCCGCCGAGCGCGGGGGGCCCGUAGAGCGGGCGAGCAGGGGAAGAGCCCGGGCUUAGCGGAGGCUCACACGGAGGCAAGAACUUAUUCAACAAGUUUACCCCCCCUGCCUUCCUCUUUUCGAUGUGCGUUUUCGGACAUGCGGAGGUUACUGGAACCGUGUUGGUGGAUUUUGUUCCUGAAAAUCACCAGUUCCGUGCUCCAUUAUGUCGUGUGCUUCCCCGCCUUGACAGAAGGCUACGUCGGGGCCCUGCACGAGAGCAGACACGGCAGCUCAGCGCAGAUCCGCAGGCGUAAGGCUUCAGGUGACCCGUACUGGGCCUACUCCGGUGCCUAUGGUCCUGAGCACUGGGUCACAUCAAGCAUUAGCUGCAAGGGCCGUCAUCAGUCUCCCAUAGACAUUUUAGACCAGCAUGCACAGGUUGGCGAAGAGUACCAGGAGCUACAACUUGAUGGCUUUGACAAUGAGUCUUCAAACAAAACCUGGAUGAAAAACACAGGGAAAACAGUUGCCAUCCUUCUAAAGGACGACUAUUUUGUCAGUGGUGCUGGCCUGCCUGGCAGAUUCAAAGCCGAGAAGGUGGAAUUUCACUGGGGCCAUAGCAAUGGCUCUGCAGGUUCUGAACACAGCAUCAAUGGGAGGCGCUUUCCUGUGGAGAUGCAGAUUUUCUUUUAUAAUCCAGAUGACUUUGACAGCUUUCAAACCGCAAUUUCUGAAAACAGAAUAAUCGGAGCCAUGGCCAUAUUUUUUCAAGUCAGUCCAAGGGACAAUUCCGCACUGGAUCCUAUUAUCCAUGGGUUGAAGGGCGUCGUACAUCAUGAGAAGGAGACCUUUCUGGAUCCUUUCGUCCUCCGGGACCUCCUGCCUGCAUCCCUGGGCAGCUAUUACCGGUAUACAGGUUCUCUGACCACCCCACCAUGUAGUGAAAUUGUGGAGUGGAUAGUCUUCCGGAAGCCUGUCCCCAUCUCUUACCAUCAGCUCGAGGCUUUUUAUUCCAUCUUCACUACGGAGCAGCAGGACCACGUCAAGUCGGUGGAGUAUCUGAGAAAUAACUUCCGACCGCAGCAAGGGCUGAAUGACAGGGUGGUGUCCAAGUCUGCGGUCCGUGACGCCUGGAACCAUGACAUGACAGACUUCUUAGAAAACCCACUGGGGACAGAAGCUUCUAAAGUUUGCAGCUCUCCGCCCAUCCACAUGAAGGUGCAGCCUCUGAACCAGACGGCGCUGCAGGUGUCCUGGAGCCAGCCGGAGACCGUCUACCACCCACCCAUCAUGAACUACAUGAUCUCCUACAGCUGGACCAAGAACGAGGACGAGAAGGAGAAGACGUUUACAAAGGACAGCGACAAAGACUUGAAAGCCACCAUUAGCCACGUGUCACCGGAUAGCCUUUACCUGUUCCGUGUCCAAGCCGUCUGUAGGAAUGACAUGCGCAGUGACUUCAGCCAGACUAUGCUCUUUCAAGCUAACACUACUCGAAUAUUCCAAGGGACCAGAAUUGUUAAAACAGGAGUGCCCACAGCGUCUCCUGCCUCUUCGGCCGACAUGGCCCCCAUCAGCUCGGGGUCCUCUACCUGGACGUCGUCUGGCAUCCCCUUCUCAUUUGUCUCCAUGGCGACCGGGAUGGGCCCCUCCUCCAGCGGCAGCCAGGCCACCGUGGCCUCGGUGGUCACCAGCACGCUCCUGGCGGGCCUGGGGUUCAGCGGUGGUGGCAUCCCGUCCUUCCCCAGCACCGUGUGGCCCACGCGCCUGCCCACGGCCGCCUCUGCCAGCAAGCAGGCCAGCAGGCCCAUCCUAGCCACCACAGAGGCCUUGGCCUCCCCGGGCCCCGACGGCGACUCGGCGCCCACCAGGGACAGCGAGGGCGCGGAGGAAGGGGAAAAGGAUGAGGAGAGCGAGAGCGAGGACGGAGAGCGGGAGCAUGAGGAGGAGGGGGAGAAGGACUCCGAGAAGAAAAAGAGCGGGGUGACCCACGCCACCCAGGAACGGAGCCAGGACGAGCCCACCCCCACCCCCUCGUCUCCCGACAGGACUGCGGAGGCCGGUGGGCGUCAGACUCUGCCUGGGCACGGGCGAGACCACACUGCCGUCCCUACAGCCCGGCCCGAUGAUGGGAGGGAUGCCCUCCCGGGCCUGGACCCCGGCUCGGUCACCUCCACCCAAGUGCCCGCCACAGUCACAGAGGAGCGUUUCGAAGGGAGUGAUCCUGGGAGGCCCCAGAUGCCAUCGAAAAAGCCUAUGUCCCGAGGGGACAGAUUUUCUGAGGAUAGCAAAUUUAUCACUGUCAAUCCAGCAGAAAAGAACACCUCUGGAAUGAUAAGCCGUCCUUCUCCAGGGAGGAUGGAGUGGAUCAUCCCUCUGAUUGUGGUAUCAGCCUUGACCUUCGUGUGCCUCAUCCUUCUCAUUGCUGUGCUAGUUUAUUGGAGAGGGUGUAACAAAAUAAAGUCCAAGGGCUUUCCCAGACGUUUCCGUGAAGUGCCUUCUUCUGGGGAGAGAGGAGAGAAGGGGAGCAGAAAAUGUUUUCAGACAGCUCAUUUCUAUGUGGAAGAUAGCAAUUCACCUCGGGUGGUCCCCAAUGAAAGUAUCCCUAUCAUUCCUAUUCCCGAUGACAUGGAAGCCAUUCCUGUCAAACAGUUUGUUAAACACAUCGGUGAGCUGUAUUCUAAUAACCAGCAUGGGUUCUCCGAGGAUUUUGAGGAAGUCCAACGCUGUACGGCCGAUAUGAACAUCACUGCAGAACAUUCCAAUCAUCCAGAUAACAAGCACAAAAACAGAUACAUCAACAUUUUAGCAUAUGAUCACAGUAGGGUGAAGUUAAGACCUUUACCAGGAAAAGACUCUAAGCACAGCGACUACAUUAAUGCAAACUAUGUCGAUGGCUACAACAAAGCGAAAGCCUAUAUCGCCACCCAGGGACCUUUAAAGUCUACAUUUGAAGAUUUCUGGAGGAUGAUUUGGGAACAAAACACUGGAAUCAUUAUCAUGAUUACGAACCUUGUGGAAAAAGGAAGACGAAAAUGCGAUCAGUAUUGGCCAACAGAGAAUAGUGAGGAGUACGGAAACAUUAUUGUCACACUGAAGAGCACAAAAGUACACGCCUGCUACACUGUGCGUCGUUUUUCAGUCAGAAAUACAAAAGUGAAGAAGGGUCAGAAGGGAAACCCCAAGGGUCGUCAAAAUGAAAGGGUAGUGAUCCAGUAUCACUACACACAGUGGCCUGACAUGGGAGUUCCUGAGUAUGCCCUCCCGGUCUUGACCUUUGUGAGGAGGUCCUCAGCAGCCCGCACGCCGGAAAUGGGCCCUGUGUUGGUGCACUGCAGCGCUGGUGUGGGCAGGACAGGCACCUACAUUGUAAUAGACAGCAUGCUGCAACAGAUAAAAGACAAAAGCACAGUUAACGUCCUUGGAUUCCUGAAGCAUAUCAGGACACAGCGUAACUACCUCGUCCAGACUGAGGAGCAGUACAUUUUCAUCCACGAUGCCUUGUUGGAAGCCAUUCUAGGAAAGGAGACUGAAGUAUCUUCAAAUCAGCUGCAUAGCUAUGUUAACAGCAUCCUCAUACCAGGAGUAGGAGGAAAGACGCGGCUGGAAAAACAAUUCAAGCUGGUCACGCAAUGUAAUGCGAAGUAUGUGGAAUGCUUUAGUGCUCAGAAAGAGUGUAACAAAGAAAAGAACAGAAACUCUUCGGUCGUGCCAUCCGAGCGUGCUCGAGUGGGUCUUGCACCAUUGCCUGGAAUGAAAGGAACAGAUUACAUUAAUGCUUCUUAUAUCAUGGGCUAUUAUAGGAGCAAUGAAUUUAUUAUAACCCAGCAUCCUCUGCCACAUACUACGAAAGAUUUCUGGCGAAUGAUUUGGGAUCAUAAUGCACAGAUCAUUGUCAUGCUGCCAGACAACCAGAGCUUGGCAGAAGAUGAGUUUGUAUACUGGCCAAGUCGAGAAGAAUCCAUGAACUGUGAGGCCUUUACCGUCACCCUUAUCAGCAAAGACAGACUGUGCCUCUCAAAUGAAGAACAAAUUAUCAUCCAUGACUUUAUCCUUGAAGCCACACAGGAUGACUAUGUCCUAGAAGUUCGGCACUUCCAGUGUCCCAAAUGGCCUAACCCAGAUGCCCCCAUCAGCAGUACUUUCGAACUUAUCAAUGUCAUCAAGGAAGAGGCCUUAACAAGGGACGGCCCCACCAUUGUUCAUGAUGAGUAUGGAGCAGUUUCAGCAGGAAUGCUGUGUGCCCUUACCACCCUGUCCCAGCAACUGGAGAAUGAAAAUGCUGUGGAUGUUUUCCAGGUUGCAAAAAUGAUCAAUCUUAUGAGGCCUGGAGUAUUCACAGACAUUGAACAAUACCAGUUUGUCUAUAAAGCAAUGCUCAGCCUGGUCAGCACUAAAGAAAAUGGAAAUGGUCCCAUGACAGUGGACAAAAAUGGUGCUGUUCUCAUUGCAGAUGAAUCAGACCCUGCCGAGAGUAUGGAAUCUCUAGUGUGAUUGGAAUCCCGAACAGGCACUUAAUUUGUAAAACUUCUGAAGACUGAGAACUUUUUUGAGGCCUUUUUUGCCAGACUCUAGGUUAUACAAUAACCCAGUUACUUUUUUACACUGAUAAAAGUUUUGAUAUUUAUUUUUUGCCAUUUUAUGUCUUAAUGGUAUCCUACUGAGCAUUUGCACCUCUGUUCAUUUCACACAGUGAAACGCAAUUUUACCUAGUUUGCACUAUAUGAUCAGUGUUACUGCCUAUAAUCUAAUCCUAAAGCAAGCCCUGAUGUGACAUUCCAUGAGAACACACAUGCUACUUUUUAGUUCAGUACAGUGAAGGUUUUGUCAGGACAGUGGAUCUUGGUUUUUUUAUUAUUAUUGCGAAAGCAGCUGCAUCCUCCUAGCAGGCAAUGCUGAGCUUUUCCUCGGUCCUCUCCUCUGUUUGUUUUAGGCACUGCUCAAUACUGUCUGCCUUCUGUACUUUAAUGGAGUGGAUGGGCAUUGUUUUCUUCUAAAGAAUAGCAGGUUCCUGGGAGCUGCUGAGACAGUCUGUUAACCUCAUGGCCUUGAAACAGUUCCAUUUAUGACGGUAAAGGUAUCCAUUAAGAAAUUAGAAGGCUUAAGAGCUUUAUGUGAACAUCACUUAUUAGUUGAAGUUAUAUUCAUAGCUUAAAAAAAAAUUCCCCAACUGUGUCAAAAUAAAGGAUAUCUCUGUAUUACAGUUUUCACAGUAGCUAUGUGGACGGUGUGUGUUAUUUCCAUCUUGACCCUCUGAAAUAGCUACACCUUGCAGUCAGGGCUAUCUUUUACAAUAGGGAUAUGGCAAUAGUUUACACAUCUCCGCUAUCCCUUUAGUAACUCUCCAUUAAUGCUUCUUGGUUUCUAAUACCAUACAUCAUGGCAGGUCGAACAAUGAAAAUUUCUGCAGGUGUGUAACUUUGAAAUUAGCCCUCUAAAAUAUCCCUAUUACUCGUCUAGCACUCUAAUAAAAACUACCUAAAUAGUUAA